AUGACUACAACUACAACCCAUCCCUUCUCUUUCCCUCCAACAUACAACUUCCCGCCAUUCUUUACCCCGCAACCCAACACUAACACCCGCCGCGACCAGCUCCAGAAAUGGUCAUCGCUCAUCCAAUCCUGGUGCAGACAUCACCGUCAAUAUCGUCUAUCUCUUAUCGAAGCCGUUGAGAGUCCGCUCUUCCACAAUGCUGCGCUACGCAAGCGAUUAGAUCUUCGCGAGGCACGUGCCGUACUAGACUGGAUGGCAAAGAGCGAGGAGGAAGGUGGUGGUGGGCUACGUGCGGAGUGGAUUGAUUCUCCGGCGGGUGGAAGUCAAGCUCCUAAAACUGUUGCGUGGAUUUGGUGGCGUAGGCCUGAGGAGUGGGCUGAUGCUAUCGGGGAUUGGAUUGACGAGACUGGGCAGCGAGGUGCUGUCUUGACUGUUUAUGAACUUGUCGAGGGCGAGACUACUGAGUCAAGAGAAUUUCAUGGGAUGGAUACUGAUGCCAUGCUUAAGACACUAAAUGUUCUGGUUAAGCGGGGCAAGGCUCAAGUAUUUGGAAGCGAAGGUCAAGAAGGUGUCAAGUUCUUCUAA